AUGGCUGAUCGUAUGAUCGUCGAUGAAGCUUCACAAGUUCGAACAAAAGGUCGAGGUUUCUCCAGCAAUGAUGAUGCCAGAGGACGAAACGAUAUGCGCAUGGAUGAGGAUGUUGGAGAUAAUGAUUUAGUGCCUCAGCGUUCGAUUGAAGGAUGGAUUUUGAUUGUGCGUGGUGUUCACCCUGAAGCUGACGAAGAAGGUCUUAUGGAGCGCUUUUCCGAUUACGGCACUGUCAAGAAUUUGCACUUGAACCUUGAUAGACGAACUGGUUAUGCCAAGGGUUAUGCAUUGAUCGAAUACGAGACACUCAAAGAAGCACAAACGGCCAUUAACGAAGCCAAUGGUACCACCCUGUACGAUGAACCCCUUCAAGUCGAUUUUGCUUUUGCCAAGGAUGACGAUGAAUCUCGUGGAUCUCGGCGAGGUGGCGAUCGACGUAGUUACAGAGAUAGAAGUUUGAGUCCUGGAAGAUAA